AGAUAGAAAAAUCCAACACGUCCGUUCUUGCCGUUCGUGUUUUUCGGACGUGGUCGAAGAUUAAUCGAGCGCGAAGUAGAUUCUGGUGGUACCACAUAAAACAAAAAACAUCGAACCGGUCAAAAAGAACGUCGAAGGAAAAACGGCUUUAUUGAAUCGGUCGUAGAGUCGCUCCGUUCUGGAUGAAUAAAAAAACUAAUUACGUAUACCUGAAAGUCUCUACCUGCGAGAUUCUUAUGAAUGAAGGCUAGUUUACUACUCCUUGGGCUGUCGCACAAUGGCUUUCGGUUUGUGUGUGUACAAUGGGAUGUGUGAAUUGAGUGUUGAGUGACUUUUGACGCCUUUUUCCGACGGAAUAAAAUGGAUUUUUCGGUUUUCGUCCACGAAUUAGUUAAAACCAUGAAACAACAGCAAGUCCCCAAACGCGUCUUUUGGCAACCAUGGCUAGACGAAGAGGAGUCGUCGAAGCAGUCGAGCAACAAGCAACUUCCGACCGCCAAAUGGAAGAGGGAUCGACGUUCGAGGCUUCCGGAGUACUCGCGGAAGUCCGAUCCGAAAAUCGCCGAGACGUUCGGAACGGAACCGCCGGAAACGCCAAAUCAACACGCCGCGAACGGUCAGGAUAAUGCCCCGCUCGAUAUGAGUGUUAGACAAAGAGGGUUGCCUCCUUCCUACUCGCAAACUAUUAAUAAUCCAGGAUACAGAUCUAACUACAGACCCAGUGUUAUACAGAAAAAUAGAGAAGAUCUUCCUCCUGGAAUAUCGAUGUGCGAUCCAAUCAUCGAUGAGCAUUUCCGUCGUUCUCUAGGCAACGACUAUCUUUCUCUCUUUUCAAACAACAAUGUUUCUAGAGAGGCAAUCCCUGUUAAACCUCCUCCGAAAGUUCCCACCACAACGAACGUGAUUGAAUUAAUGGACACUGCAGGUUUAUCUGUGGACGAUCACUUCGCCAAAGCUCUAGGUGACACAUGGGUGAAACUAAAUAAAAAAGAAGAACUCAAAAACAGUACCGGUGACAAUCACAGUAUAGUUACUAUUUAAAAAAGCUGAAUCGAUGUGUGUUUAACGUUUAAAUGUAUGGUGUUAAAUGUAAGUUUAUCGAAAUAACGUACAAAUGUAUCUUAGGCUUAGAUAGGUUUCACCGAAGGUCGCGAAUUGAGGUUUGUUUCAUUCAGGGAUCGAAUGACUUGUUUUCUUAUUUUUAUGUGUAGUUUCUAUUGAGAGCACAACCUGACAAAGGCUGCCUUCCAAUUGACCAGUUAAUGAUUCCUUAUGUUCCAUUGUUGUAAAUAUUGGACUGUCUUGUAUAUAGGUUUUUGUAAAUACAAAAGUGUUAUCGCCUAGUUUAGCACUUCAUAUUUAUAAUUAAUUUAGUCCACUCUUGUUGCUUAGUUCUAAACUCCAUUAUGUUACUUUGGUAUACGUAAUUAAAAUGACAAAUCUAAUACAAA